GCUCGCGACCGAGACGCCAGCUAGUCCUUAACGACGCGCCGGGACACUCGUGCGGGAUAACGAUCUUAAGAAACAACGUCGCUUGUCUCGCUUUCUGAUUGUAUGCCAUCUACUGCGGUCGUUUAUUAUUUAUUAUUUGUUGUAAGAGUUGUUGAAUGAUACACCCUCCUAACAAACUACUUCUUCGUUGCUGCUUCACCAACUCUCAGGAUUAUAUCCACGCGAUAGCUUUACUGUCCACAAGGCUCUCUCGUCCGAUCGAUCCUAGAAAGAAUUCUUGCACAUAAGGAAAAUUGAAAAAAGAAGCAACCAAGAUGCCUGCAAGAUUUGAAAGUGUCGACAGCCCAAUCGUGCGUGAACCCAUUCCCAGCAACGGCGCACCGUACGUCCUCGACGACGACAUCGUAAUUUCUGGUAUCUCCGGUCGUUUACCAGAGUCGGCGAACAUCGAGGAGUUCAAACAGCAGCUCUUCGAAGGCGUCGACUUGGUCACGGAAGAUGACCGCCGUUGGACUCCGGGACUUCACGGACUUCCGACUCGAAAUGGGAAACUUAAGGACUUGGCGUUCUUCGACUCGACCUUUUUCGGCGUCCACGCAAAGCAAGCUCACGUAAUGGAUCCACAGCUGAGGAUGCUUCUCGAGUUGACUCACGAAGCCAUCUUAGAUGCCGGUGUUAAUCCUGCGGAGCUUAGAGGAUCAAACACCGGUGUUUUUAUCGGUGUCUCUUCCUCGGAGUCUGACGAGUUCUGGACAAAAGACCCCGAAGAAGUGAACGGUUACGGGCUGGUUGGAUGCUGCCGAGCCAUGUUCCCGAAUCGAAUUUCGUACACAUUCGAUUUCCGCGGGCCGAGCUUCGCGAUAGACACCGCCUGCUCAUCUUCGAUGCUCGCGCUGCAUUACGGGGUGACUGCGAUACGUAGCGGAAAGUGCGAUCAGGCCAUCAUCGGCGGAGCCAAUCUGUUGCUGAAACCCACCACCUCCCUUCAGUUCCACAGACUCAGCAUGUUGUCCAAAGAUGGGAAAUGCAAGGCCUUCGACUCUACCGGAAACGGAUACGUCAGAUCGGAAGCCGUAGUCGUGAUAUUUCUACAAAAGUCUAAGGAUUCAAAAAGGAUUUAUGCCACUGUCAUUAACACCGAUACAAACACCGACGGUAACAAGGUUCAGGGAAUCACGUAUCCGAAAAGAGAAACACAGAGGGACCUAAUUCGAAGUGUUUACUCGGAAGCAAACGUCGACCCCGCGGACGUAACCUAUCUCGAAGCUCAUGGCACCGGAACAAAAGUCGGCGAUCCUCAAGAACUUAAUGCUGUGACUGACGUUAUCUGCAAGGACAGAAAGACUCCGCUGCUGAUCGGCUCUGUUAAGUCAAACAUGGGUCAUUCUGAGCCCUCUAGUGGACUCUGCUCCAUCGCUAAGGUUGUCAUAGCCAUGGAGUCUGGAAUAAUUCCGAGUAACUUACACUUUCAAAAUCCGAAUCCUGAUAUUCCCGCGUUAAACGACGGCAGGUUAAAAGUAGUCGAUACAAACUUACCAUGGAAAGGAGGAAUCGUUGGAAUAAACUCAUUUGGUUUCGGAGGAGCAAACGUGCACGCUAUUCUGCGCAGCAAUCCAAAACCAAAGUUAUCGCCUGUUCAGAACACCAUACUUCCGAAACUCGUAGCGGUUUCUGGUCGCACUGAGAGCGCUGUUAACACCUUCUUGGACAGAGUCAAGCAGAAUGAGAAAGACGACGAGUUCAUUAACCUAGUGCACUCGAUACAUGCACGCAACAUUUACGGUCAUAUCUAUAGAGGCUUUCAGAUUCUUGGUGAAAAUCGUGAAAUGGUCCGUGAUAUAGAAACCUCGACGUACGCAGAGAAGCGACCAAUCUGGUAUAUUUUCUCAGGAAUGGGCUCGCAAUGGCCAGGCAUGGGUAAGGAACUCUUUCCCAUCCCAGUUUUCCAGGAGACUUUGCGCCGCUGUGCCAACGCUCUAAAGGCAGAAGGCGUUGAUCUUCUGAAUAUCAUCCAGAAUGGAACGGAGGAGACUUUUGAAAAUGUCCUCAACUCAUUUGUUUCCAUCGCGGCGAUUCAGGUCUCUCUUGUCGACGUACUGAGCUCUGUUGGCAUUCAGCCGGACGGCAUCGUUGGACACUCGGUCGGUGAAUUGGGCUGCGCCUACGCCGAUGGUACCUUUACUCCAGAACAGACUGUGCUGGCAGCUUACUGGCGAGGAAAAUCAAUUCUGGAAUCGCAACUCUCACCUGGAGGAAUGGCCGCCGUUGGGCUCAGCUGGGAGGAAGUAACAAGAAGAUGCCCCGCAGACAUAUCUCCAGCCUGCCACAACUCUUCAGACUCUGUAACCAUCUCUGGUCCGGUCGAAUCCAUUAAAAAAUUUGUUGCUGAAUUACAAAAGGAGGAAAUUUUUGCCAAAAUUGUGAAGAGUUCGGGCGUUGCCUUUCACAGUAAAUACAUUGCCUCGGCUGGACCGAAGCUACGUAAGUGCCUCGAGAGGAUCAUCCCUAAUCCGAAGCCCCGCACUUCACGAUGGGUCUCAAGCUCCAUUCCUGAGGCCGCCUGGGGAACACCUCUAGCACAAUUGAGUUCGCCUGCUUACCACGUAAACAACCUCCUUUCACCAGUACUUUUCCAAGAAGCCCUAAUUCAUGUACCAGAGAAUGCGAUAGCCAUCGAGAUCGCUCCUCACUGCCUACUCCAGGCAAUUCUUCGCAGAUCUCUAAGCCCUGCGACAACGAAUGUUGGACUUCACAAGCGUGACCACGGAGACAACCUUGGCUUCUUGUUGACAAGCCUCGGAAAGCUCUAUAACGCUGGUGCACAGCCUCAAAUUGCGAAGCUAUAUCCGCCCGUGAACUAUCCUGUUGGUCGUGGCACCUCAAUGAUUAACUCUAUCAUCGAGUGGGAUCAUUCGGUUGAAUGGAAUGUAGCCGACUUUUCGGGAAAGAACGCUCGAUCGGGUGAGAGCGUAAUCGAGAUCGACCUCUCAAAGGAGCAGGAUGCAUAUUUAGCAGGACACACAAUCGAUGGAAGAAUCCUCUUCCCAGCCACGGGAUACCUUACACUUGUUUGGAAGACAUUCGCCAAGUUGCAUAGCGUUGAAUUCGAGGAAUUGCCCGUUAUAAUGGAAGACGUUCAGUUCCAUAGGGCUACGAUAAUGCCCAAGGGUGGCAGCGUCAAAUUCCUGAUAAACAUAUUCGACGGAACCGGCGCCUUCGAGGUAUGUGAAGGCGGUUCUGUUGCCGUUACGGGAAAAAUCCGUACUCCUGAGAAUAUCGACAAGGAGUUUAUCGAGAUGCCUAAGCCAAGUAUUAAGAAGGAGCCAGAGCUCCUCGAUUUGAAGGAAAAAGACAUAUACAAGGACCUGCGUCUACGUGGUUACGACUAUACUGGCGUCUUCCAAGGCAUCAAAUUGUCAGACAAUCGCGGACGUGUCGGCAAGCUUUCCUGGUCUUCCGACUGGAUAUCCUUCGCCGACACUUUACUUCAGUUCUCAAUCCUGGGAAAGGACACACGCGAUCUUUACCUUCCAACAAGGCUGGACCGUGCUAUCAUCAAUCCAGUCCUGCACAAACAACUACUUUCGGAACUACCUGAAGGCGAGUCUCUUUCGGUCUACAACUAUCCGGAAGUAGGGAUCAUCAAAUCGGGUGGAAUCGAACUGAGAGGCAUGAAGGCCUCGAUGGCACCUCGAAGACAGCAGAACCAGGCGCCGCCUACGCACGAGAGAUAUACCUUUGUGCCCUACGAAAAUCCGAACUUCCUUGCCGAAGAUCCCGAGAAGGCCAAGGUGCACGCCCUUACGGUACUACUUCAGGUGGUUCGCGAGAACGCAGCUAGACUGAAAUUGAAAGCCGUCGAAGUCGCCGGGGAGCGCGCAGCUGAAGCUCUCCUCGUGCCCGCGGUAAUCGAGGCCCUCCAAGGAGAGCUCCAACUUACUACCGAUCUACAAGUAGUUUCUACCUCUCCGGAAAGUUAUAACUCUUUCUUGGAACCUUUCGGAAUAAAAGUCGUAGUGCGGGACGCAACGAGCACACCGGUGGGUCAGGAUCUACAUUUAAGUAUCGCCGCCGACGUGCUGUCGAACAAGAAUGUCGUUGUUCUAAAGAAUUUGGAGGCAUCGUUGAAGCAAGGCGGUUUCGUGCUUCUCGAGGAGACAAGAAAAGUUGAUAAGGCUCUCUUGAAACAGACGGGACUCAUCUACGCUGGCUCUCAGAGUAUACCUGGCAAAACUUAUGUUCUUCUAAAGAAGAAGGAGCCAAAGUCUGAGCCUAUUAUCAUUCAGAUAACCGAAAAGAACUUUUCAUGGGUCGAGGGUGUAAAGGCUGCCUUGAAGAAAGCUCAAAAUGAGGAGCAGAAGAUACUUCUUGUGAGCCAGGGCGAGGAAGUUCUGGGUAUGGUCGGUUUAAUGACGUGCCUUCGUCUAGAGGCCGGCGGAGAGAACGCACGCUACGUAUUUAUCCAGGAUAAAAAUGCAGCAAAGUUCAGCCUCUCUGGUUCCUUCUAUGCUGAACAGCUCGACAAGCAGCUUGUUUCAAACGUUCUUAAGGGAGGACAGUGGGGUAGCUACAGGCAUUUGAGCCUGGACCAGCAGAACGACGUUUCCUCCCUGCAGGUCGAGCACGCCUACAUCAACUCUCUUAUAAGAGGUGACUUGAGCAGCUUACGUUGGAUCGAAGGUCCACUCAGCUACUAUCGUCCUGAAAAUUAUCCCGAUUCCGAAUUGUGCAGCGUUUAUUACGCGCCUUUGAACUUCAGGGACAUCAUGCUUGCUACGGGAAAGCUGGCGCCUGACGCUCUUCCGGGAGACCUUGCUGGUCAGGAUUGUAUCUUGGGUCUGGAAUUCGCCGGGCGAAACUCGAAAGGACAGCGCGUAAUGGGAAUGGUGCCAGCACGUAGUUUGGCGACAACUGUCCUCGCUGACCCUGGCUUUUUGUGGGAGAUUCCUAACAAGUGGACUAUCGAGGAGGCCGCUACAAUCCCUGUGGUUUAUUCAACGAGCUACUACGCGCUCUUCGUGCGUGGUCAACUAAAAUCAGGUGAAAGCGUCCUUAUACACGCUGGUACAGGAGGAGUAGGUCAAGCGAGUAUUGCCAUCGCUCUACACGCCGGUUGCAAGGUCUUCACCACUGUCGGCUCUCAAGCAAAGAGGGAGUUCCUCAAGAAAACGUUCCCCCAGCUGACUGACAGAAACAUCGGAAACUCUCGAGACACGACCUUUGAACAGCUUGUUCUCUCGGAAACUGGUGGACGAGGAGUUGACGUAGUGCUAAAUUCGUUGGCCGAGGAAAAACUCCAAGCGAGCGUGAGGUGUCUCGCAAAGGACGGUCGCUUCCUUGAAAUUGGAAAGUUUGAUCUUUCAAAUAACGCAGCUCUGGGUAUGGCCUUCUUCUUGAAAAAUACGAGUUUCCAUGGUAUCCUCUUGGAUGCGAUCUUCGAUUCUGAUGCCGUCAAAAAGGAGGUGGUGCGCCUCGUAAGCGAAGGAAUAAAGAACGGUGCAGUGCGUCCUCUUCCAUCGACUGUCUUCUCUGAGCAACAAAUCGAACAAGGAUUCAGAUAUAUGGCUAGUGGAAAACAUAUUGGAAAGGUUCUUCUGAAAAUUCGCGACGAGGAACCUAAGAAAGUUGUUAUGCCGGCACCGAAGACAGUAGCAGCGAUUCCACGCACGUACAUGAAUCCAGAGAAGUCGUACGUCCUCGUCGGAGGCCUCGGAGGCUUUGGUCUUGAGCUCGCCAACUGGAUGAUUACACGUGGUGCUAAAAAUAUUGUUCUGACAUCCCGUUCAGGUAUUCGCACCGGUUAUCAGGCUGUGUGUGUCCGUCGUUGGCGCGAAAUCGGUGUUAAUGUCAUCAUCUCCACCGCCGAUGUGUCCACCAUCUCUAGUGCUGAGCAGCUCAUUAAAGAAACUAAUAAGAUUGCUCCGGUUGGUGGCAUAUUUAACCUGGCUGCGGUACUACGCGACGCUCUAAUCGAGAAUUUGACGGAAGCCGAUUUUAAGGCGGUCGCUUUGCCAAAGAUAGAUGCAACCAAAAACCUGGAUGUAGUUUCCAGAAAAUUCUGUCCCUCGUUGGAUUACUUUGUCAUCUUCUCAUCUGUUUCCUGCGGACGAGGAAACGCUGGUCAGACAAAUUAUGGAUUGGCCAAUUCCAGCAUGGAAAGGAUCGUCGAGCAGAGACAAGCCAGCGGAUUACCAGGUCUUGCUAUUCAAUGGGGAGCCAUCGGAGACGUUGGUCUCGUAAUUGAAACGUUGGGCGACAAUGACACCGAGGUAGGUGGAACUGUACCUCAGCGGAUGCAGAGUUGUUUAGCAACGAUGGACAAGUUCUUGCAACAGCCUCACCCAGUCCUUUCAAGUGUGGUCCAUGCUGAUUUACAAAAAUCUAGCGAUUCCGGAAACGAGGUCGGACUCCUUGAGGCCGUGGCCAACAUUCUUGGUAUCAAGGAUUUGAACACCGUUAAUCGAAACACUAAUUUAUCUGAUAUCGGAAUGGACUCCCUUAUGGGAACGGAGAUCAAACAAACUCUUGAAAGAAAUUUUGAUCUGAUCCUUUCGGCCCAGGAAAUCCGUGCACUGACAUUCAGUAAACUUGAAGAGUUAUCUGUCGGAACAGUGGAAUCAGCUGAGACGACGAACCCACCACCAACUGCUAGCACUACGAACACCUCCGAAAACAGUGUUAAUGAGUUACUCUUCCAGUUCAGCGGUGCGGAAAUUGUUCCCAAGCAAUCGCUCAUUCGCAUGGAGUCGAAAGGCCAGUCUGGCUCACCGGUCUUCGUGAUACACGCUAUCGAAGGAAUGGUCACUUGCCUGAAGACUCUUGCAAGUGAAUUAAAUAGACCCGUUUGGGGUUUGCAGUGCACGAAGAAUACUCCUCUCGAUUCUAUAUCCGAUCUAGCAACAUUUUACAUGCAGCUGAUCAAGACUGUCCAGAGUAAGGGGCCGUAUACGAUUGUCGGCUAUUCCUUCGGAGCAUGCGUGGGCUUCGAAAUGGCAUUGCAAUUCGAAUCGCAAGGUGACAGCACCAUUCUGACACUUCUCGAUGGCUCACCCCAGUACAUCCUCGAGCACACCAAGUCGAUCAGUAAACAAUUCGGAAACUCCCUGGUGCUUGGAAAUGACGUUACCCAUGGGGACCGCAUGGCUUUCGCCUUCUUCGUCAACCAGACUAAUCCGAGUGUCGGAAUCCAGCAGAUAUUUGCAGUCUUAGAGGCAGCGAAGACAGAUGAAGAAGCGCUUAAUAAAGUUGUUGAACUUAUCGGAGAUGUGCCCUUCGAAGCUGAGGACUUGAAGACCGCGGCCUUCCUUUUCUACAAAAAGUUGCAGGCAGCGAACCUCUACAGGCCCGGUGGUAAAUACAACGGCCCAAUUACCCUAAUCAAAGCCAAGGACAACUUUGUCUCGCUAAAUGAUGACUACGGUCUCUCUGAGAUUUGCGCUCAAAAAAUUGCAAUUAAAGAACUAGCUGGAAACCAUCGAACCAUCCUACAGGGCGAGAGCGUAAAGAAAAUUGCUCAGUCCGUGCAAGCGUAGAGUCUUGGAGAUUUCGAGAAGGAUACUUGAAAAUAGACCAAUGCGCCAGUCUCGAUACUCUAUACAGCAACGCCUAUAAAUACAUUACAUUACUAAAAUUUUUCUUAAUAAUCCUGGUCGCACGAGAUUGCCAGUACUUUCUCGCAUUCGUGUUUUCUUCUCAUCCACACUUAGUUCGCACACAACGUUAGUGUCAAGCACUAACGAGUCUCAGCGUAUCAACAUCACCAUCAACUGUAGUUCUAUUUCUACAUUAGUCAUCAUAAUCAUCGAUCAUUAAAUUUAGAACGUUACGUCCAUGUUCCUUUUGUAUAAAAAUAUCUUCUUGGGUAACUCCCCGAGCUUUAUUUCAUGUAUCAUAAGAUCGCAUCUACGAGCUCUCAGGUAUUUCUCUAAAAUGGACCUAUAUGUGCAACCUGAGAAAACGAGAUGACGGUCGUAGUAGAUUUCUUUCGUGGUUUAUUAGUCAUUAAGUAGCGACAAAAGACUAUUGCUAUUUCUUACAUGGAUACGAUCACGACUCGGAAGCAAAACCAAGUACAAUUGAGUAAUCUUAAGAGUCAUAAGUCUUGAGCGAACGAACAAAUGAAAAUAAGAUAGAAAGAGACAGUAGGCAAGGGCCUAAAAGAAAAAUGGUGAAAAAUGAUGUCAGAGAAUAUAAAAAAAGAAGUUCCUAUACGAUUUUACAAUGAUCUCCAGUGGACAGGAUUUCAUCGCCAAGUUGUAUGGGAUGUGUGAUUACGAGUUUAUUUAUUUUGUUAAAGCUGCCAUAAACUAGGCAAGUUAUCCAUGAUAUUAUGGAGUGACACUUCCGUUGUGAUCGCGGUGAACCAUGACAUUCCUUAAAGCCGCUUAACGUUUUUCAUGUUCAUUGUAGUCAUAAUAAUAAUAAUAAUAAUAAUAAUAAUAAUAAUUAAUGAACGAGACCAAUACCCUUCAGUGAAAACUCAUUCGAAUGAAUCGAAGAUAGUUCAUUGCCAAAAGAAAGUUGAGAACAUCACUAUAUUGUGUAUAUAUUAUACUGGGGUUGUACGUCGUUUGUAAAAUACACGCGUGAAUAUGUUAUUGUAUUUAAAAAAAUUAUUUUCAAUUUAUGUUCUUUAGGUUUGCUAGAACAUAUGUAUACUAUCGAAUUGUAAUGGUAUUCAAGAUACAUUCCUGUAAGAAAUGGAAGAGAAAAUAAAAAGUAUAUAUAUGAAUAAUAA